UUUAGCUUGUUUGACAUGAGUUUUGUGUUUGUGCAAUAUAAUUUUUUGUUCAUUAAACGUUUUAAUUAAUUUAGGCAACACAUUAAGUUGUGUAUAUGAAUUAAUAAAGUUUUUUUUAUUUGUUCGUCUGGAAUCGCGUGUUGUGUUGUGUUGUGUCGUCUGUUGUUUGACAAUAACUGCAGCAGUUCCAGUGAGUGGAAGGCCAGCUAUGGAUAAGCGUUGUUAUGGUUGUGCUUCAAAGUUCACUCUCUUCAAAAAAGAGUUGGGCUGCAAAAACUGUGGACGCUCAUUUUGUUCAGGAUGUCUAUCGUUCAGUGCGUUGGUGCCCCGCUACGGUAACACUCAGCAAAAAGUCUGCAAGCAGUGCCAUGGCAAUCUAACAAGUGGUGAAAAACAGAAUGAUGCUGGAAGAUGGUCCCCGCCUGAAAACUAUAAAAAGCGCGUUGCUGCUCUUGAAGCCAAACAAAAUCAACCUGAUCAGCCUUCAAGACAUGCUAGUGGAAAGCAUAAUACACCAUCUCUCAUUUCAACUAAGGGUCUUAGUAAGGAGGACCAGGUGAUUGCACAAAGACUCCAGAAGCUGAAAGAGGAAACGAAACCAAAAUCCAUUCCAUCUGAGAAGGAGAUAGAGGCUCGUCUUGCUGCCCUGAAAGCUCCAGAUCAGCCAGUGCCUUCAGCUCGAGAUAUGGAAGACCGUUUAGCUGCUUUGCAAGGAAGACCAGCUCCUUCUCAGGCUUCUCCACCAGUUCACCAGCCUCCUGAGAGCAGGACUCAAACCGAACAGGCUAAUGACUUGAUCACGCAGAUGUCUGAGGAAGUUGCUAUUGACAGACAGCAGUGCCCUGACGAUGAUAACUCCGAUAAUGCAUUCACACCACUAAACGAUCUAAACAAGCAAGCAAGCGGGACAGUGGACGAGAAUUUGGAUGACGAGCAGGUGUUACUCAAGCAGAUGGAGGAAGAAAAGAGACGCUUGCUCGCUGAGGCCAUGGAGGAGCUGAAACGAGAGGAAAACUGCCAAGGGCAACUUCUUCAGAUAGCCAAAAGAAUGGCUGUGCUGCAAGGACGAGACCCAGACAAAGUCACAAUAACAGACUUCCAGCAACCUGACAGUGAUGAAGAGACUGAGGAGGAAGCAGUUGCAAGGAUUCUAAAGAAGAUGUCAGAAGAGACUACUUUAGAUGAAGCCAGUGGUUAUAACAUCCCUCUAGAGUACAGUGGCCCAGAAAAUAAAGAAAAGCCUAAUUUCAAUAAGAAAAAGAUUCCAUCGCAGUCAGCUAAAACAAAGCCCCCUGCAGUCUCUGUUAACUGGAGUGCCAGAUGUGAUGGUGAUGAUGAGGACGAGGAUGAAGAUGAGCUGCCCUGGUGCUGUAUCUGUAAUCAGGAUGCCACCAUUCGUUGCCACACAUGUGACCAGGACCUGUACUGCAAUCGCUGUUUUAGGGAAGGCCAUGAUGAAUUUGAUCGAAAUGAGCACCGUACAUCCAGUUACAAAGCCCCUAGGAAAAGCAAGAAGAAAACAUAAUCCAGUACAGAUCAUGAUGACAGUACAGAUCAACAAAAUCAUUAUAAUGGAAAUAUAAUUUAAUAUUAAAAUAAUCAUUUAAGUAUCUAGAUAUGUCCGUUAAAAUAAGCUAGGUACUUUUAAAAUACACUAGCCCUUGGCAGAAUUAAAUGUUUUCUGAAAUCUUGUAUACGUUGGAUGUUCAAGUCAAACCAAGACUGUGCAGAACACAGAUAAAUCUACUGAAAGUGAAAUCUACCUUUAUUUCUCCAUAUAUUCUCCUGCUACACUAAUGCACUUAACCCAGUGUUUCACUAGUGCCUGCAUACCAUCAAGGUAGAAAGGCUUCUCAGUAUGCCAGAGCCUUGAUCGAAAGUGCCUGCUUCGUGUCUGAAACGCCGGCCUUCCAGGAACUCCUUUAAUGGCUUAAAUUUGUGGAAAUGGUUUGAAGUGAUGUCAGGACUUAUUUAAAUCCUGGCGACUGGAACGCCCCUCACAGUUUUUAUCUACUAAUAUCAUCUGAUAUUCAUCAAGGAUUCAGUUUUUGUAGUUUUGAUUAAAAGAAUGUAGUUAAAAGUAACAUUUAUUAAAUAAUUCAUUCAUUCAUUUAUAUUCAGUACAUGCUUUCUCAUGCUUAGGGUUAACCUGGAUAAAAAACCUUUCCCAGAAAUACUGGGCACAAGGCAAGCACUGGGCCAUAAUUUCUGCACACACACACACACACACAUAUACACAUACACACUCAUUCAUCUUUAUAUGCGAUGUAGCACAGGCAGUCCAACUACUGGCCUGGAGUUCCGAGGCAGUACUGUACACUCUGCACCACAAUUCUGCACUAAAUAUGUUUAAUUUAUGCCUAUAUAUUAGUUCUUGAGUUAAAGACUUUCAUAACUGAGCACUGCAGUGUAUUCAGCAAAGUAUUAUUUAAAUAAAAUACAAUUGUAUGAAUACAAAGAAAGUCUUUCUUUUCUUCCAUUGGGAACAGUAAUGGUGAUUAGUAGGGAAGGAAAAGCCACAGUGAUACAUUGUGAUGUGGAUGUUCAAAAAUAAACUCUUUUAAAUUCCAAUACAGGAAGAUGAAUUGUCCCUAUAUUGAAAAAAAUAUUUUACAGAUCAAUGUAUUUCAAUUAAGGGCUGAAAUAAGUAAACUAUGUAAUUGCAGCAAAAUGUAAAUAAUGGCAGGUUUAUGGUAAACUCACAAAAUAGAAAUAUGUACGUUUGUUAACUUAAUUUAUUGAAGUGCCAUGGACAUUAAGUCAAUAUUUUAAAGCUACUUAGGGUUAAAAACCAUGGCCACAUGUUGUAAUUUCCCCUCAGAAAUAAGAGAACUGAGGGAAGUUUUUAAUUAUGUCUCAUAUGCUGAAUGUGUCGUUAAUAAAGCACUGUGACCAAGUC